UACCUCAACCUCGCGACAACCCUGCGGCACACUUUCCAGCGCAUCAAACCCUCGACAUACCCCAUUCAACCAAUUUCCAUCAUAUUGGGAAACGAUAUUUCUGUUCUUCUGCUUUCUUUCGAGAUUUAUGACCGAUUGACACCUCUGAACACCCGACGUCAUUCGCCACUCUCUUGCUGCGCCGGCAAUCAAACAGCAAACACAAUGUUCGGCGACGGAAUAAUGGUGUUUGCCCACAGCGGGCUACACCUCUCACAAUCAAUACAUACACAAUGUAUCAAGCAAUCAACCCAAAGCAGUCCAAACCCAAGUCCAUCACCCAAAAAUAUCCAUAAACUCAUCAUAUCUUCCAUGAACUCCAUAUCAGUCCCAGCAUCGCCCAAAAAGCACCGCAAGUAUGUAAUGAUAACGGAUUUCGGCGACGCUGGAGGGCACAACAACAAAGGCAUAUCGCUAGUGCGCAACACAAAAACCGGCGAGAAACUAAUCCGAAAGAGGGUGCUUGCUCAGAAAAGCAAGGACGAAUUGACUGUUUGCCAAAGGUUGAAUGGAUUCGAAUAUAUCGUGCAGCUGCGAGACCACAUUCUGCCGUCAAAAUCUCAAGCCGAUCCGUCGUCGGGCGAAAGCACAGCCCUUCGCGAGCUCUACUUCGAGCACUGUGAUCUUGGUAGUCUAAAUGAUCUUCUAAAGCGGCAUGAAAUUGCGCAACAACGAAUACCCGAAUCUUUCGUCUGGCACGUCCUCGUGUCAAUAGGGAGGGCGUUGCAGGCGUGUCACGCGGGUCCUGCCCCGAAAGGCCGGAAGUGGAUACCCAUUGCACACAGAGAUGUCAUGGCUGGCAACAUUCUAUUUUCUUCCUCUUCCCCCGGCUUCGACAUGAGCACGCCCCCUCGAGUCCUUCUCUCCGAUUUCGGCGCUUCCAUCGAGUACCAAUCGCCAGAUCCGAUUAUGCAGAGGAAAGACAUCAGCGACCUUGCAGAAACAAUCUAUGGCAUGUGUUAUUGCGCUUGGGAUGUUGAGACUGCGCAGUUGGGGUACUCGGCCGAGCUCCAAGGCGUACUCGCGGUGAUGGACGUGUAUUGGGAAGACACUCCCGAGCACGCGGCAGAAUUCAAUUCCGGAUUCGUCUCUUGGGUGGAAGAGGAGAGGAACCAGGCGACUUUGGCAGAGUUCGGGGGGCAGCUUGUUUGGAGCUCAUAAAAACAGGCGUUUUGCCGUAGGGAGGACUUUUGCUUCUAUUUGUUCAUGUCGUUUUUAUCGUUUUAUAUCCUCGGUAUCUAGUCGCGUACGCCCGCGGUCCCGGUUAUGCAAAAGGAAAGGAAAUAAUUAAUAACUGCCCCUCUUUGAAUGUUUUGAGGAUUUAACAAUAUGUUUAACGUAUGUGUUUAAAAUGUGAUAUAUAACCUAUAAUCUAACAGACCUAUGCUCAACUGUGCUAGCGUGGGAGUGUUUGCUGUUGUUAUGAAUGGUAGUUUCCACUAAUACGAACAGUGAAAAGUGAUCUAGAACAUUCUUAUGUUAGAACUGUUACUUCUUCGCCUUUUCUAUAUACCUCUGCUACUUGUUAAAGGCACUGUAUAGCACUAUAGACUUCCCUAGAUACUGUGCGGGGCUGCUAACUAUGCAUACAUCCUAUAGACUGUUAGCGCUAAGCUAUGCUUUUAAGAGAACGAUUCUUGAGUAGGGUUAUAACCAGCAAGCUCUCUUGGUUACAGUUGCAGAAUUGAUGCGGGUAUUUACGAAUGACGCCUUCGACGCGCGAGUGAUUAUCGUGCAGGAGCGGAGAAGUAUCAUUAGGUCGCCGACUACUAUAGCCAAUGUCGGCCGGGCUCGCUUAUUAUUUCUAGCUUCUUCUACACGACGCAAGCCACCGCUUUUACCUUCG